AUGGUCAAGGAGCGCUUCAUCCCGAGUCCGUUCGGCGACCUGAUCCUGUCGGACGCCGACAAGGUCGCGCUCAAGGACUUCGCCUACAACUUUUUCGACCAGCAGGUGAGCAAAUACGAGGACUUUAUCGCGCACGGGGGCCCCAAAGUCGAUGAGCGCGAGUGGAAGUACAUGAAGUCCAAGGAGGGUACGCGUGUGUACGUGGAGCGGAACCCCGUCGUGCGCGAGUCUCAGAUGGGCUCCAAGACGACCGACUACCCGGCGCUGUUGAUGACGGGAACCACGUGGGGCACCGUCGACGAUUGCAUGUUCGGUGCGGUGGCUACGACUACCGAAGCGAUGCGUGUUAAGGCAUCGUACGUCAAGGAUAUGAGUGGUGGCUCGGUGCUGGCGGUGCUCGAGAAGCCCACCGCGGAGGAGCCCUUCCGGUCGCUGAAUGUUCGGUGGAUCGAGCUCGACCUGCCGUUCGCGUCGACGCCACUGAUCAAGAACCGCGACUACGUCUACGUCGAGUACAUGAACAUGGUGCGCUUGUCUAAUGGGGAGCGCAUCGGCUGCCAGAUCUACCACUCGGUCAACUUCCCGCAGACCGGGGAUCUGCCAGGCCGCGUGCGAGCGAACAUGACUGUGUGCGGCAUCUUCCGACAGAUCGGCCCCGACCUCGUCGAGGCGUACGGCUCCGGCAUCGUGGACCCGGCAGGAGACAUGAUCAAGACGCUCGUGGUGCCCAGUAUGACGACGGGAUACCUGACCAUUCUCAAGUACGCUCACUGCAGCGAGAUGAAGAAGAUCACGUGGCUGCUGCGGAAGCGCCACGCUGCUAUCAAAGAGUCCGGAGUUCGACCCCACCGCCCUCCAGCGUGCGUCACGUGCACGGCCUCCAUCUCCAAAACCAAUGGUAUAACCAAGCAGGGACACUCGUGCAAACUGUGUGGAGGCUACUUGUGCCGUUCGUGCCGAGUCCAACGGAAGGUCGCGAUCGUCGGCGUCGCCGGCUUCCUGGACCAGCACAAGGUGACAUUCUGCGGCCGCUGUCUGCAGCAGGUGCGACAGAUGAGUCCCGUGGAGAUCGCGCAGGAGUACGCCACGGGCUUCGGCAAGCAGACCAUUUCGGUCGCUAGCAUCACCUCGUCCCUAUCGUCGAGCUCCAUGUCUGAGUAA